GGCUCGUAGUUCUGAAAAGUUAGAUCCCCCCUAACCGGUAUAUGGCGUGGGCUCUCCUCUGCGCUAGGAUCGCUAGUGACUCGCGCCCUUGUUGCCCUUAUAUACCCGCUGGCCCAGAAAGCCUCGCCGCGCUCCCCCUCGUCAAGCAAACUUGCCCAUCGCAAAACCCAACUUGUGUUCUCAGCAAGCCGACUGCCCGUUAUGCCUACUGAAGACGCCGUGUUGGCGUCUACUGCCACGGGCCUCGACGCCGCCCACGAUCUCGAGGCUGCAGAGGCAGCUGCGCCCGUCGCAACAACAAACAAAUCCCAAGAUGCCCACUCUAACGACGAGUCAAACGGUAACCAUGAGAAGCAGCCUGAUGAUCUCGACUGGGAUAACCACCCUGACAACGCCCUCAACUGGCCCACCUGGCGCAAGAUGCACCUGAUUGCUUCCAUCUCUAUGAUGGCUGUCAUGGCCUCCGUCGGCACGUCCAUCAUCAGUCCAGCCACGCGUCAGCUAAUCACAGAAUUCGGUGCCGGAGAAGUUACUGCGUUGCUGCCACUGUCUCUAUAUGUGUUUGCUCUCGCUUUUGGUCCUCUUGUCGGCGGCCCUCUCUCCGAAACCUUUGGCCGCCAUCCUGUCUAUUUGGGUACUACAUUUUGCGGCGCAAUGUUCACCUUGGGCUGCGCUCUCGUACACAACUUUGGCGCUCUCUGCUUCCUUCGCUUCAUGGCUGGCUUCUGUUGGGGUCCCUGCCUGGCAAUUGGCUCUGGCAGUUUGGCUGAGACCUUCCAGCCCAAGACCCGCGGCCUGGCCAUGGCCAUCUUCAUUCUCAUGCCCUUCUUAGGCCCUGGCCUUGGCCCCAUCUUGGGCGCGUUCGCCACUAACCGACAAGGCUGGCGUUGGACGCAGUGGAUUCUUCUCAUUUUUGCCGCUGUUACCAUGAUCCUACUUCUCACGGGCAAGGAGACCUUCCCUCCGGCAAUCAAGCGUCGUCUCGCGAAGAAGCGUGGCCAGCCACUGCCAAAGAGCACCCACGGCACCGCUGCGCUUGCCAAAGAGUUUCUGACCAUUGGCCUCUUCCGACCUAUUCAUAUGAUCUUUACGGAACCCUUGGUCUUCUUCCUCGGCAUAUAUGUCGCUAUCAACUUCGGUGUCUUGUUCAGUUUCUUCGCCGCUGUCCCCUACACCUUCUACAACGUGUAUCACUUUGGCGUUGAGCAGUCUGGCCUUGUCUUUGUGGCAGUCAUUAUAGGCUGUAUCCUUGGACUUGUCACAGUCUUUUUGUGCGAAGGUAUCCUGUACCGCCGUCAAAUUCCCAACUUCCCUCCCCACAAAGUUCCACCUGAGUACAGACUCUACGGCGCCAUGAUUGCCAGUAUUGGCCCGCCUCUUGGCCUAUUUUGGUAUGCAUGGACUGCCAAGUCUUCCAUCUCUUGGGCAAGUCCCGCGGUCGCCAUUCUACCAUUUGCAUGGGGUAACCUCAUCAUCUUCAUCACUUUUACCUCGUACAUGACCGACACGUACAAGGGUCAUCUUGUUGCCAGCCAGUCGAGCGCUAACAGUCUUAUGCGAUAUGCGUUUGCUGGUGCUUUCCCCCUCUUUAUCACCCGCUUGUACGACAGAGUCGGCAUUGACUGGGGACUUAGCAUUUUUGCGUUUGUCUUGUUGGCUCUUCUACCCAUCCCUUGGCUUUUGUUCAAGUACGGGCCUUCCGUACGCGCUAGAAGUCACUACGAUACGCAUCAAUACUGAUGCAGUGUCGCUAAUCGAAAAGCAACCAGCGCGGCGAGUCUAGGCAAUGCUGGGAGUGUGUAAUAAUCGCGAUUUUCACCAUAUAUAUAUAAAUGAUAGUGCAAAUGUAUCAAUAUAUUGCAUACUGAAUAC